AUGGGUUGGGGGAACUGGUUCGGGCUGAAGAAAAAGAUUCGCAGCAUCAAGUCGCUGCGCUCGCACACGGCCCGCGCCGUCGUCCCGGACGACCAGAAGAUCCAGUACUACAUCUACGGGAUCACCGACGACGAGCUGGAGCUGUACAACGCCGAGCACUGCAAGGAGAACGUCGUCACGAAAGAUGUUCCCCAAAUGAUCGGCAGGGUGCCGCUGCUCGACAUCGACAAGUUUUUUGAUGAAACCUACGAAAACAUGGAGGGCUUCGAGUGGCUGAGGUCGUUCGACACGUCGAAGGAGAAGAGCGACGAUGGCACGCCGCGCAUCAUCGCCGUCUGGGACUCAUUUACGAUCCGCCACGAGCCGGUCGUCGAGGACAAUGGCGGGCUGAAGUCGGCGCGCGACAACACCGAGUACACGAAAGACGAUCCGGACGAGAGUCAGGAUAAGAAAGAAGCCAAGAAAACGGUGGACCGCCGCCCGACGGCCGAGCUGGGCGAGGAGACGGCGAACAGCGACCGGAAGGAGCAGGGCCCGGCCGCCGAACGCCCUACCAAGCAUUCGGGCCGCGAGGGCAACUCGAAGGUCGAGAACAAGAGCCGCCAGUCCCACUCGAAGCCCAAGGAGAAGCCCGAGAAGCAGCCUAGGUCGGAUCCGGGAAAGCAGCCACGAUCGGACCCGCAAAAUGAGGGCAAAGUCAAGGCCAACGCGCACCGCAGCGGCAAGACGCAGAACACGCAGAGGACGAUGAAGUCGCCGAAGACGAGGAAUGAGGAAGAAAACUACCACGAUGGGCCGGCACCGACGCAGGAGGAGGGCGGCGAUGAGGAGCCGCCAUCUGACAAGCCGAGCGGAAAA